AUGGUCAAGGCUUACCGCAAAGAUGAGUUUGAUUUUUUCUGGAAUCAAGUUGGGAAGAUUGAUAAGAGGGUAAAGUCUUAUCUUGAGGAUGUCGGAUUUGAAAAAUGGGCACGCGUGUAUGCACCUGUUAAUCGUGGUAGAAUGAUGACUUCAAAUAUAGCGGAGUGCAUAAAUGGUAAAUUGAAACUAGCACGUGAGUUGCCGAUACUAGAAGUUUUGGAGCAGGCUAGCAAAUUGUUUGGAAAGUGGAAUUGCAAGAAUAGAGAAAGAGUAUCGUAUGCAAACACAUCACUUGAUAGUAGAUUUAAAGGAAUUCUUCAGCUAAAUACUUUAAAAUCUACAAGGCUUAAGGUUAGUGCAUCAUCAACAUAUGUAUAUUCUGUUUAUGAUGAUGGGAGGAAGUACAUAGUAUGUCUUGAUAGGAGGACUUUCUCUUGUGGUAGAUUCCAAUUGGACGAGAUAAAAUGUGAACACGCGAUUGCAGUACUAAAAAGCAAGCAUGUAGUUGAUAUGAAGCCUUAUUGUUCAGAGUUUUAUUAUCCCGAAACAUUAAGGAAGACGUAUGAAGAAUCUAUGUUUCCAAUGCCCGAUAAAAAAAACUGA